CAAACAAAAGCGAAGGGUCGCGUGAAUUUACUGAAGUUAUUGUAAACAUUGAAAAGUUUGUUUGACUAAGGCUCACGAGAAUUUGAACGGACAUUUACCAACGCGUUUUAUGGUCGAUAAACAUUGAUGUUAUUCUAAAGGCAUGGCCUCUUCUUCAAAACACAGUCCUUUGUUUUCGUCCGAAAAAGGAAGUAUGAAGGGUGACCCGUUUUUGCAUGGUUCCGAAAAGCCGAUAUUUGAUCGCACAGCUGGAAAGAAUGACACACGCGGUGGAUUAGACAUAAACUGUGGAAACCUUAUGGAGAACUUGGAUGAUCUGACAGGAGAACAGUUAGACGAACUUUUGCAAGAUGCUUUGGAUAUUAAUAAAAGGCUGAAAGCCUUGGAGAGAAAACAAGCCGUGGAGUCCCGUGGGGAAUAUUUGUCAGAUAAAAUUACCUUUGGGAAGAGCUCGCUUCCAAAACAAUCUCCCUUUCUACCUCCGCUUGGGCAAACACAGACUUCUCUUGUAACUCCAAUUGCUGUUUUACAGGGAGCCAAAGUUGACAAAGAAGGAAGGCGCCAGAAAGCAAGCGUGAUGUGAAUAGAUGAAAAGAGAAGGAAAUUUAGUAUUUGAAUGAAAUUUGGAACGCUAAUGUAUAGCCGCUGGGUAGACUGAUACCAAGAAUUUGAAGAAAUGGAAAUUAUCAAGACUCAUCACGGAAAGGAAACCUUAAGAACAAUUAAAUUUAUGGGUUUAUUUCGACAUUUUUUUUUGCUAUAAACACUCUAGUCUUUUUUUGUCUACCUUCAAAAAAAACAACAUAACAACUACCCUGAAUCAACAGCAGGUUGUACUUAUUUGCAAAUAUGUUUGAACUGGGCUCUUGGCCAAAUAUUAAGAUAGAAAACAUCAUUGGUCCUAUGGGCAUAAGUUACUUUCCAAUACUGUUGAUCUGGUUUUUUCCUACACAAUGGUCAACAACACCAAGAAAAAAAAAGAAUUAAAACAACAUAAGAUUUUUCACAGAGUUUUUAUUAUAAACUUAAUAGUAACACAAACCAUUAGUAUAAUGCAGUCUUGUGCAUGUACAUAUGUCUAUGGAAACCUCCAUCCAAAAUGUUCGUUUAUUCGUAAAAAAGAAUUACUACAUUUCCUCAAAUAAU